AUGCCUCCGUUCAUUCCUCCAAUCACUCCUGCCGAAUUCUUCCACAUUCUCCAGAGAUGCAUUCCGCCCACGGGUUGGACGAGUCGAAUUGUGGUCGCGAACUCGGGUGGACCGGAUUCCACCGCGUUGCUUUUUCUCCUCGGAACGCUUGUACGGCAGCAAAAAGCAUUGCGGUCUCUUCGAGAUGACCCCGCUCUUUUGGGCGAAUGCCAGUUCCCACAAACCGUGUGCUCAGCCCACGUAAAUCACAGCCUGCAAGAUGCGGCUACUGUCAUGGAAGAGACAGCAACGUGGACGGCCAGGCAGCUACAAAGUCCCCACGUCACGGAGAAGAUACCAUGGGGCAAAUAUCCGUACCCUCCAAUACGCGACGUUGACGAGAAGGUUGCGCGCGAAGCACGCUAUAGCAUGCUAUUCCAAGCCAUGCAACACUUUAGCGCGAAAAUCAUCGCGUUCGCCCACCACGCCGACGACCAGGUUGAGACCGCUGUAAUGCGCAAAACUCAGGGCAGCGGCAUAAGAGGGUUGGCUGCCAUGCGUCCCGUACGGCGUUGGGGAAUGGGUCACCGGGAAAAUGACUACUACGCUUUUGGCUCGGAAGGCAUGCGCAGUUGGAUUGUGCGUCCUUUCCUCCAAGUAUCGAAGGACAGGCUCUUAGCCACAUGCGAAGCAUACAAACUUAACUAUGUGAACGACCCCACAAAUUUUCAACCGGGGUUGACGUUCCGCAAUGGCGUCCGGCGCAUUCUGUCAGACAAGGACUCGGCGCAGCAGCAAAAGCACGAUCACUCCCAGUCCAGCCUAAAUUCCGCAAACUUCGAACCCUAUAUCGAACAACUGCGCGCGAUGGUUCCUGACGUUCGGCCUGCCGACCAGCUGCGAGAAGCAGUACGGCUCUAUGGCGUGCGCUUGGAAGAAGUCGACACUCAAGUCACAAACGCCAUCGCACGCGCCCGUAUAAAGUCCCCACCAUCGACACUCCUCCUCCGCGGUCCAAUGCUCGAGGAAACGACCGACGACGAGAUCCGCAUCGCGCUCAUCCGCCGUUGCAUGCGCUUCGUCAGUCACGGCCCAUGGGGCGCCGUCUGGUCUGAGCUGGGCGGAAACCACAGCAGCCUUCGCCGCAUCGCGAACGAGCUCUGGCCAUCCAACCCGAUGCCGCUCUCGUCGUUGCUAGUCGACCCAGAGACAGGCGUGCGCGAAGACCCGCGGCGGGCGUUCACUGCUGGCGCGGGCGUCAACGCGUACCCAGUCACAGUCAACGUGCGCCAGGGUACCAUCACGUACCGGGGGUGCCGCGUCGGGGUCAAGCACGAAGAACCAGGGUGGAUCUUCGCACGCGCGCCACCCCACAAGAAGUCGCCCAGCUUGAACAUGGAGGCGCACGCAAUCCUCGACGUCACGGAGGAGCUGCUCGCGGCGCGCAGGGAGGGCAAGUCGGUGUACACGGCGCUGUACGACUACCGCUUCGCGGUGCGUUUCGACUUGACGCGACCAUGGCCCGAGUAUAUCGAGAGCCGGCUGUCCUCGCGCAGGGCACGCAUCACCAUCGAGCCCGACACGAAGUGGGUGCUUCCCCAGAUCGUUGUCAGCGGGGAGAAGACGCGGACUACGUGCGUUGGCAAGUUUCUGUGGUCGAUUCCGGGCUGGCAGGGCGGCUGUCGAAAGCCUGUGACGCACCAGUCGCGGAUUAGUAUGCAGUUUGUACGGAGCUUAGAUGCCAUCUAA